CGCAGCUCGAUUUGAUCCGAAACGUGGUUUGAUUAACUUGGUCUGGCUCGACGAUGCAAACAGGAAGCUCAUCAACAAAAGGAAACACAGGCAGCAGCAGCAGCAGCAGGAUAUUCAACAAUGUCCCGGUUGUUUUUGCAAAAUAGUUUUUGUGCCAAAUUUACACUGCAAACAGCACGUGAGUCUGUUUUGUUCACACCGCGAGGAGCCGGAGCGCGAGCCAAGCGGAGUGUUUUUAUUCAACAACAGAGACAACACGUCCGAGGAACAAACACAGGCUUUAAUGCACACAGGGCAAAGUCCACGCUGUGGAUAUGUGGGCUCGGUGUGGGGGUUGCGUUAGCUGUGGGGUUGAAAUAUCAGAGAGACUCAGCGGACAGCUCCUGCGGUGGUAAACAAACAGAAACACAGCUGACCCACAGAUACAGUGAGGCCAUAAAGGUCAGCAGGGAGCUUCUGGAGCGGAUACAGGUAGGCACAGAGGCUGAGGUCGGGGCUCCAGGGCUGGUGGUUGGGGUCUCUGUGGAUGGUGCUCAUGUCUGGUGUGAAGGGCUCGGUUAUGCUGAUUUGGAGAAUCGUGUGCCGUGCAGCCCAGAAACGGUAUUGCGAAUCGCCAGCAUCAGUAAGCCCCUCACAUCUGCAGCUGCUGCACGAUUGUGCGAGGAGGGGAAACUAGAUCUUGAUGUCCCAGUCCAGAAAUAUGUCCCAGAAUUUCCCCAGAAACAAUUUGAUGGACAGGAUGUCACAAUAACCCCUCGUAUGAUUCUGUCCCACCUGAGUGGCAUACGUCAUUAUGAAAAAGACGCAAAGAAAGUGAAGGAGGACAAGGAGAAAGCUAAGCGACUUUUAAAGCCGCUGGUGAAAGAGAAAGAGGAUGAAAAGGGCUCAUCUGAAAACAAAGACAAACCUGCAGCAGGACACAACACCAAGGGCAAAGAAGUCACUCAGGCUCAGAAGAAAAAAGAGUUUGAGCACGAGGAAUAUUACUUGAAGAACAGCUUUGAAAGUGUUACUCAGGCCUUGGACCUCUUUAAGGAUGACCCGCUCAUUUUCAAACCUGGCACCACUUUCCUGUAUUCCACCCACGCCUUCACCCUGCUCAGUGCUGUUGUAGAGCGAGCUGCUGGACAUCGCUUCCUGGAUCUCAUGAUGAACAUGUUCCGUGAGCUAGGAAUGCUCAACACUGUGCCAGAUGAGAAUGACCCUAUUAUUUACCACCGCUCCAGAUUUUAUCAUCUCAACAAGAGAGGACGUGUUGUGAACUGUCCAUACGUAGACAACUCGUACAAGUGGGCAGGAGGCGGCUUCCUUUCCACUGUGGGUGACCUGCUGCUUUUCGGUAAUGCUCUGCUGUACAGCUACCAGGUGGCCCACCUAAAGGACACCGAGGGCUUGCUCCCUGGCUUCCUCAAACCCCAGACCGUCAUAGACCUGUGGGCACCCGUUGACAGGACAGAGGCCAGCUGGGAUAAAGAUGGACUGUACGCCCAAGGUUGGCUGGUAGUAGAGAAACUACAGAAAUAUGGCCAGUGCAGGAAGCGCAGACACUACGUGUCACACACCGGAGGAGCUGUGGGGGCUAGCAGUGUCCUCCUGGUGUUACCAGUGGAGGAGGUAGACCAGCACCGAGGACAGACCCCCAUCCUCCCACAGGGGGUGGUGGUCACCAUCAUCACUAACAUGCAGUCUGUAGGACUCAACAGCACAGCACUCAAAAUUGCACAUGAGUUUGACAAAGCCAGAAGUCUGUAAGAGUAAGUUGUUUACAGAAAUGCCUUUACAUUUCAGAUAAACCCUGUGAUCUUAAGUAUUUUUUAAAUAUAUAUAUAUAUUUUAAAUCAGUCCAGAGGAUGUUUUAAAAUAAAUUUGUUUACAUUUUUCAUUACACUUGGCAAGGAAGCUAUACUGCCACUAGGUGGAAGCAAAUAACUGCAUUUCAGCCACCAAAGGAAGGCCACUGUCUUUUUGAAAUUUGUUGGCUUCAUCCAUUUUUACCCUUUUUUAAAAGCAAGCACAAGAACAUUUUAAUUUCUAUGUUUCUGUAUUUAAGAGAAAUAAAAACAUUUCA